UGGUGACCCUGGAGAUGUUCAGGAACCUGCAGAACUCGGAGAUCAUCCAGCAGCUGACGGAGAAGUUCGAGGAGGAUUCGGCCGAGUACCCCAUCUCGCUGAGCACCCAGCCCUGGCGCCGCUUCCGAGCCGGUUUCUGCGAGUUGGUGGCCGCUGUGGUGCGGUGCUGCCAGUACGGGGUGGUCUACGACGAGUUCCUGAUGGACUCCCUCAUCUCCCUCCUCACCAGCCUCUCCGACUCCCAGGUGCGGGCCUUCCGUCACACCAGCUCCCUGGCAGCCAUGAAGCUGAUGACGGCGCUGGUGGACGUGGCGCUGGGCGUGAGGCUGCACCAGGAGAACAACCAGCGGCAGUACGAGGCCGAGCGGGGCAAGGAGCCCGGCCGCCAGGCCACCAACAAGCUGGAGGCCCUGCUGGAGAAGCGCCAGGAGCUCCGGGAGCAGCAGGAGGAGAUCGAGAACAUGAUGAAUGCCAUCUUCAAGGGCGUCUUCGUGCAUCGCUACAGGUCAGGACUGACCCGGGGGUUCUUCCCCCUCAUGGCUGGGGAGAAGGGGCACGGGGUCUCCAAGCGUCCCCGGAGGAAGGAGCCCAGCGGGGCCGGGAGCAGCCCGGCCACUGACAGCCCGGAGGAAAACACCCUCUUUGAGGCCGUCAGGUCGGCCAAGAUCGCCAUUGAGACGGUGGUGGAUGAGUGGCUGGAGACCUACAAGCAGGACCAGGAGAUGGGGUUCCUGGAGCUCGCCAACUUCUUCAUCCGCUCCUGUGGCUGCAAAGGCGUGGUGACCCUGGAGAUGUUCAGGAACCUGCAGAACUCGGAGAUCAUCCAGCAGCUGACGGAGAAGUUCGAGGAGGAUUCGGCCGAGUACCCCAUCUCGCUGAGCACCCAGCCCUGGCGCCGCUUCCGAGCCGGUUUCUGCGAGUUGGUGGCCGCUGUGGUGCGGUGCUGCCAGUACGGGGUGGUCUACGACGAGUUCCUGAUGGACUCCCUCAUCUCCCUCCUCACCAGCCUCUCCGACUCCCAGGUGCGGGCCUUCCGUCACACCAGCUCCCUGGCAGCCAUGAAGCUGAUGACGGCGCUGGUGGACGUGGCGCUGGGCGUGAGGCUGCACCAGGAGAACAACCAGCGGCAGUACGAGGCCGAGCGGGGCAAGGAGCCCGGCCGCCAGGCCACCAACAAGCUGGAGGCCCUGCUGGAGAAGCGCCAGGAGCUCCGGGAGCAGCAGGAGGAGAUCGAGAACAUGAUGAAUGCCAUCUUCAAGGGCGUCUUCGUGCAUCGCUACAGGUCAGGACUGACCCGGGGGUUCUUCCCCCUCAUGGCUGGGGAGAAGGGGCACGGGCAGUGGGAGGUGCGGCUGCGGUGCGUGAAGGCGCUGCAGGGGCUGUACGGCCACCGGGACACGGCUGCCCACAUGGAGCUCUUCACCAGCCGUUUCAAGACCCGCAUGGUGUCCAUGGUCCUCGACAAGGAGCCCGAGGUGGCCGUGGAGGUGGUGAAGCUGCUGACGCUGAUGCUGGAGAACAUGGAGGAGGCGCUGACAGAGGAGGAUUGUCAGAACGUCUACCCCAUGGUCUACGUGGCCAACAGGCCACUGGCCACCGCCGCCGGGCUCUUCCUCUACCGCCGGCUGCUGGACCCCCAGCGAGAGCCAUCCCAGGACGGGGACAACAGGACUUUCUUCCGGCUGCUGCUGGACUUCUUCAUCGAGAGCGAGCUCCACGAGCACGCAGCCUACCUGGUGGACAGCCUGUGGGACUGCGCCGGGCCCCGGCUGCGGGACUGGGAGACCAUCAGCUCUUUGCUGCUGGAGGAGUCACCCACCGAGGGUACGGCACCGCUGGGAGACACUGGGACAUCGCGGAGGAGUCACUGGGAAAGACUGGGAUGUGCUGAGGUGUCACUGGGAGACACUGGGACGUUUGCUGGGACCAAAUCGCGGGCAGACACCAAGCCCUCAGCCCGGGAGCGCAAGGCUCAGGUGGAGGAGAAGACCCGACUCACCCACUGCCUCAUCCCAGCCCUGCCCCAGCUGCUGGCCAAGUUCUCAGCUGAUGCGGAGAAAGCAGCUCUGCUCCUGGAGGUGCUGCGCUGCUUUGACCUCAGCAUCUACUGCACUGGGCGCCUGGAGAAGCCCCUGGAGCUGGUGCUGGGGCAGUUGCAGGAGGUGGUGGAGAAACACAUGGGGCCGGGGGUGCUGGGGGCCGCAUCCCGCGCCCUCCAGGCUCUCUGUGACCCCCAACUGCCCCUGCACGGCCGCGGCGACCUGGUGCGCAGCCGCCUGGCCGACCAGCUGGCCGACAAGUUCCACCAGGAGGUCACCGAGCUGCUGCAGGCCUCGUCCCUGGACGAGGAGGAGGUGUACAGCACGGCAGCCACGCUGAAGAGGAUCUCCAUCCUGUUCAACGCCCACGACCUGACGCCCUGGCAGCUCUUCGAUCCCUGUGCCCAGCUCCUGCAGCACGCCGUGGACACGGGCGAGGUGCCCCCACAGGUCGUCGUCCCCUCCCUCCCCUGCCUCCACUUCCACCUUCUCUGGGAGCUCUCGCGCCUGCCCAGCGCCAACGUCCCCCAGGCCUUCAUGGUGCUCAGCGACCUGCUGCUGGUCUUCGGGCCCCAGCUUCCCCAUGAUGGGCGAGAGGCCCUGGCCCCACUGGUGCUGCUGCCCGACCCCGGGCUCCAGUCCCAGUUGGCUGCCUUCCUCAUGGACCACGUCUUCCACCACGCUGGUGGCCACCAGGAGCUCUCAGCCACCGAGGACACCGAGAGCCACAUCGAGGAGCUGCACCAGCGCCGGGUGCUCCUGGCCGGCUUCUGCAAACUCAUCAUCUACAACGUGCUGGAGCUCAGCGCCGCCUCCGACGUCUUCAAGCACUAUGCCAAGUUCUACAGUGACUAUGGGGACAUCAUCAAGGAGAUGCUCAACUGCACCCGGCAGAUGGACCGGCAGGAGUGGGCUCGCACCCUGCUCCUCAGCCUGCAGCAGCUGAUGACAGAGCUGCUGCUGCAGCAGGGCCCCGAGAUCCAGGAAUCCCAGGCUUUCCAGGAGAUCCGGGACCUGGCUCGACGUUUCUCCCUCCUCUUCAGCCUCCACCAGCUCCGCAACCGCCCCGCGCUGCUCAACCUGCACAAGUGCGAGGGGCUGGGGGGGGGGGAAAUCGGGGUGGGGUCCCUGGGGGCCAUGGUGGGGUCUCCACGGGCGCUGGCACACCGGGAGCAGGGGGCUCUGUACGUGGGGCUGGACGAGGUGGGGGAGGACGACCCCGAGCUGGCGGAGGCCGCCUGCGACAACGCGCGACGCUACGGCCGCCUCUUCGCCGACGCCGUCCAGGAGCUGCUGCCCCUCUACAAGGAGCACGAGGUGACCCACAAAGACGUGCUGGACGUUUACAUCGAGCACCGGCUGCUGCUGGAGCAGCGGGGCCGGGAGGGGGGGGACGCCCGCAGCCCCCAGAACCAGUACCCCCCCGAGGGGACUCACCCCAUCCCCAUCUUUCCCCCCCGUGAAGGAAACAUCAACAUCUGCCUCAUGGGGGACCCUGGCGUGGCCAAGUCCCAGCUUCUGUCCUACAUCGACCGCCUGGCCCCCCGCAGUCAGUACACGACAGGUCGGGGGUCCUCAGGCGUGGGGCUGACGGCGGCCGUGCUGCGGGACCCCCUGACGGGGGAGUUGGCCCUGGAGGGGGGGGCCCUGGUUUUGGCCGACCGGGGGGUUUGCUGCAUCGACGAGUUCGAUAAGAUGCUGGAGGCCGACCGCACGGCCAUCCACGAGGUGAUGGAGCAGCAGAGCAUCUCCAUCGCCAAGGCGGGCGUCCUGGCCACCCUCAACGCCCGCUGCGCCAUCUUGGCGGCCGCCAACCCAGCCUACGGUCGCUACAACCCCCAACGCAGCCUGGAGCACAACAUCCAGCUCCCGGCCGCCCUCCUCUCCCGUUUCGACCUCCUCUGGCUCAUCCAGGACCGUCCUGACCGCGACAACGACCUGCGGUGA